UAACCUGAAAAACUUCGGGGUUUUUUUUUUUUACAUAAUAAAUGAAUAUACCGUAUUCUGGAUAUGCAUUCAAUUACAAAUAAUAUAUACUAAACAGAUUAUAUACUAAACACACAAAAUCACACACACUCACACAUAUAUGUAUGUGCUUAUAACGAUUCAUGAAGUGAUAGAAAAGCCAACAGCAUCAAAGCAAAAAGCAUUUUUAAAUGACCCAAAGUCCAAAUUUGCAAAAUGAUGUAUCUACAGAAAUGACCAAACAGAAAUGAAGACUACUCGGUUAAAUGGAUUAGUUCUUAAAUUUUCAAUGAUGAAAAUAAAGCCCAUUUUCAGAAAGUCAUCAACGCAAACGGAUAUACUAUAAAAAUUAAAACCACACGUCCUUAUUUCCAUAUUUACAUUACUCAAAACAACGUCUUUAUCACAAGAUUCUAUCAAAUUCGAUCGAAUCGUCAGUAAGCAAAGAAUCAUAUAUUUCUGAACGUGUGCGUAAAUACACUGAAAUACAUACACACACACAUAGAUACAUACAUACAUAUACACACGCACAAACACACACAUACACACGCUUACACACGCAUACACACACACAAACCUACGCGCGCGCACACGUCAAGAAAAGGUGUCUCUGAUUGCGAAUUCAUCAUAGAUUUUAUUGGAUUUCAUCUAAUAUUUAUUUGAUUAAAUAUCGUUUCAUCAACAAUUUCAUUCAAUUUUUUUUCUUUAUGUGGAAACUUUGAACGUAAAGAGGAUCUGGAGUAUGAAUACAUAUGAAAUUUAUCAAGACGAAAAGACUUUUGUGCUUCGGCCAAACCAACGGCCAUCUUCUGCUGGCAGGAUGCCUCAGAUGUCUCCAAGUCAUCCAAGUCAACAGCAUCAACAACAAGCACCAACGAUACCCGGAGCACCUCAGCAACAUCCUGUACGGGCGCCACCUUCCGAGACAAAUGAGAUACUCGGACGACAGUCGCUAUCAUAUAACAUGAUGCUGAAUGGGUCGAAACAUAAUGACACGUUUUCUGGAUUCUACGAAGCUACAGAAGGUCACGGAGGUGUUAACCAAUUAGGAGGGGUAUUUGUAAAUGGUCGACCUCUACCAGAUGCCGUUCGCCAGCGGAUUGUGGAAUUGGCCCACCAAGGGGUACGGCCUUGUGAUAUCUCUCGACAGCUCCGCGUAUCUCAUGGCUGUGUCAGUAAAAUACUUGGAAGAUAUUAUGAAACAGGCUCAAUAAAGCCGGGUGUGAUAGGUGGUUCCAAGCCGAAGGUAGCAACGCCAAAAGUUGUUGAAGCUAUUGCUCGUUACAAACAGGAAAAUCCUACAAUGUUUGCAUGGGAAAUCAGAGACCGAUUGUUGUCAGAGAAUAUUUGCAGCCAAGAUAACGUACCGAGUGUCAGUUCGAUUAACAGAAUAGUCCGAAAUCGAGCAGCAGAAAAGGCGAAAGGCCAACCACCUCAAUCAAGUCCUUCGCUUCAAGUCGAAGCUCCAAAUCCUGGAAUUGCACAGUCGCAGACGCCAUCAGGAGCAGAAGCUCUGACACGACCAGGUUCCUAUUCUAUUAGUGGCAUUCUGGGAAUCAGUUCACAAAAUCCAGGAAAUCUCAACAAUGGAAGCGUGAAACGGAAACGAGAUGAUACGGGAGAUACAGUGCCAAAUGGCCAUACAGACGUGGAAAAUCGAACAGACGCACAAAACGACCAGCAGAUGAUAUACUCUCCAGAACAUCAUAUAGUACCAACUAAACUCUCUCGUAUUGACGCAAGCUCAAGAGAAUUGAACUCAAACGGCCAGAAUUAUUCGGUUUAUCCAGCACCUUUCAACACUUUUGUCACAAAUACCUCAGCAAACGAUGGACAAAAAGAAUAUCAAAGUAUCAAACAAGAAAUACCAUUACCUGGGUCCUUGACAUCACCCGGCGGCGGUGUUGAAGCACACACAGGUUCCAAUUACAGCCCUCCUGUUGUCAAUAGUGGUGGUAACGGCGGCAAUUCCACGAACACUCUCACAGCAACACAGUCUUCAUCCAAGCAGCAACUGAACAGAAGGAAUGGUUCCAACAUUGAAACCACUGGCUCCCCCUCGGGUUCCGUGGUUUCUAGCAACUUGACUGAACUGAAACCUGUGCACUCUUAUCCACAACAACGCUUGCCUUCAUUCGGACAAUUCACAACUCCAGCAACUACCUACAGCUCGAGUCAAAUCUAUUCCAGUUCACCCGUUGGAGUAUCCCCAUUAGUCCAAGUUGCUCCUACUGGUUACAAUGGAAAUAUUCAAGCAAAUGACUAUGCCAAUAAUUACGGUGCUGCCCCAGCGUACGGCUCCUACUCGUAUAGCGAACCAUGGGUCAGAUAUCCUAUUAACAAUUCGCCGUACUAUUACACGCCGUCAAUCCGACCUGGUGAUCCGGUAAGCUCCGUGGCCAGUUCAUCGAAGACGUAAAGAAAUUGUUCGUUUAUUGCUUGAAAUAUUUAAAGUAACUCUACAGUCUCCUCUCCAGAAAUAACAUGUUGUUCUACUGAAGUCUCUUUUGAUGGUUUUUGACCAAGUUCCAAUAUUUUGACGAAUCCCGAGGUCCUAUUUUCUGUUAUUAUAAAGUUAAAAACAAACAAGAAUAUUUUUAAUAGUUUGAAUGAAUGAAAACAAUAAAAAAAAAGAAAAUACAAAAUAAACAAUCUAAAUCAUAAUAAUUACAAUACUCUGGAUUGUCUGAAAAUGGAAGAAAUAUAAAAAUGAACAACGAUGAUAAUAACAGCGACAACCUAUUAUAUUUUCUUUAAUUAUCGGAAAAAAAUGCAACAUUAUUACGACAGCGUUAAUUGCUAAAAAUGAACGCCAUAUCAGAUUUGAUUUCAAUAAAAUCUUGAUAUUAAUAAACUAAGCAAAAUAUUGAAAAGAACUGAAUUCUGAAUAUUCAACAUUUCCAUGCAAAUCUAUAUAAGCUAUGUGGGAAGGGUAAAUUGGACAAAUUAUGUAUAUAUGUAUAUAUAUAUAUAUAUGUAUAUGUAUAUAUAUAUAAUAUAACGAAGCCUAUUCAUUCAGCCAGUCAAAUUAUUGCAUUUAACAUUCGUUAGUAGUCAUUUCCAGUCUACAGCUAUCAUCUCAAAACAAAAACGUUCUUGACUCCGGCAGCGAAAGUCUGAACAAAAAUCAUAUAUAGGAAUAUAUAAACAGUAAAUCCAUUUGUUUUGCUUCGUUAUUUUUUCACCCUUCUACAUUGUAUUAUUUUACGAUUCUUUUUCUUUUGUUUGUUUUUUUUUCUAAAUUUACCUCACCACUGAUUUUUUCUUUUAUCUAAUCGGUUGUACUUAUUUGAUUGCUGUAUGUAAAUGAUGAUGAUGAUGAUAGUAAUAAUAAUGAUAAUAGUGCAAACAAAAUAAAUCGGACCUAGGACAUUCCAGAUAACAACAAUUCAAUGCAAUAAAAAAAAUAUAUAAAAUAGAUUGGUGACACCAUCUGGAAAGCUAAAAUGAAAUUUGCUCGAAAGAGAGAGACGAACGAAAGAAGAGAAUUGUCAGCAAAAUAUUGCCAUCGUCAUUGCUGCUUGUUUAUUACAGACCAGAUGUAGGAAACAAUCGCUUAAUGACGAUGUGGAAAAGGAGGAAGAGGCGGAAAAGAAAGCAACAAUAACCCUGUAAACUGCUGCAGCAGAUAUUUCAAAGGGGAGUUGAACAAAAGGGACCGAAGUAUGAGAAAGCAGGGGCAUAAAUAUUAGGGUUACAUUUAAGAAUGCUUCUAAAAUGGCUGACCAAAUUCAUGGCAUAAGGACACAAUGAUUUUAAUUUUUAUUACGUACUUGUUAUGUAACGUCUUCGAACCAAAAGGAAGAAAAGGAAGAAAGAAAAAACAUGUGUAUAUUAUAGGAAGGAAGACAUAACGAUAUCAUUGAAAAUGAAAGGAAGAAAAGAGAAUAUUUUGAGGCUCAAGAUAUUCGUGGAACAAAAAUAUAACAAAAACUUCGAAGAUUUUCGUAGACCAAGUAUUUUAAUUUCUUUUUAUUGUAAAAAAAAUUGGAAAAAUAACAUUAUAAAACCCCAUCAAAAUCAAACACACAACCACAACAAUUAAAUAAAACAACAUGCAUUAAAAAUUUAAAUAAACUUAUAUUAAGAAGAAAAAUAACUGUGAAGAAUGAGGAAGAAAUCUAUGUGAAAAAUACAUUCAUAAUAUUUUUAUUUUAUUUUCUGUUCUUCCGAUGAAAUGUGAAAAAAAUAAGCUAAAACAAAAUCUAUUGAAACUGAAAAAUUAUGACAUAAUCAACCUUUAUUAGAUUGUUUACUUGACCAAUAAUCCUUGGACGAUGAAUCCCUCCACUGCUGCAAGUAUAGUGGGAUGACAAAUGAUUCUGGUUGAAGCGUAAAUAUUACUUGGUGAAUGUUAUAGGGCCAACGGGUGUUUCAGUAGUGGAAAUGUCUGCUCUUUUUCUGUUUUUCCAAAUAUAAGAAAAACUAUAAAAGAUUUUUUUUUUUUUUAAGUCACACAUAAACUUAAUUUCUGAUUUGUUAAAUAAGAUUUAUUGAAUAUUAAGAUCAAUCCUUAGGGAAAAUGAGACAUUAAAUAUGUAAGCUGUGAAGUUUGUAUCAUUAGUAAAUUAAAAAAAAAAAAGCUGACGACGAGAUGGAUUUGCGAAUCAUUUUCGUUUCAUUGUCUACGUUCAAGCCAUAAUACUCAACGAGACUCCUUGCCUACCCCGUCGGGAAUGGCAUAAACAUCAAAACAUCCGUUUUCUCGUCUUUACAAAUCUGAAUGAGGUUUUGAGCCUAGUCAAAUUUAAUAUUUAUCUCUUACCUUCUCGUAAAUUAAUGAUAAUUUUAUAUACAUUAUUUUAAAUAUUUUCAUUUAUUUAAAAAAUAUGUUCGUACCUUGAGAUAAGAUACGAUAAAUAUUGAAAAGUAAAUUUAUGAAAUAAUGCAUAUUCGAACAAUGAAACUGGGAGACUUUUAUUUUCGGUAUUUAUUAGCUGCACUUUCAGAUGAAUUUAUGAUUAUGUGCAUUUAUUUCUUGUUUUAAACAUUCAUUUAGUUAUUUUGUAUUUUCUUCCUAGCAUAUGUUUGACAGAAGGUUUGGUAAUUAUCUUAGAUCAUAAUUCUUCAGCAAUUUAUUUUAAAAAGAUUCCUUAUUUUAAUUACAAAUUAAUAACUGGGAGCGGCGCCUAUGAUUUUUUCUGUUAAAAAUUGCAAUUCUUAUUCUUUUCUUUAAUCCUUUCUCUCAACGUCCAUACAUGAACCACCAAAUCACUUAAUACUUUUACUUUUAGCAGCCAAGGAAAGGACAGAAAGAAACGAUAGUAAAAAUUACAUCCGUUUAAUAAUUUCUGUUAGUUUCAUUUAAAUUAAUUUUAAAUCAAAUAACUAUAAACUCUUCACCCUGAACUGCAACGAUAUAAAUUUCCUUAUAAAUUUGAUGAAAACAUGUAUGUUUAUAAAUCUAAAACCGGCUGCGCAUCCGUUUGUUAUUUUUUAAUCCAUUAAUACAAUGAUUAGUGACUAUGUAAGAAUAAGCACACGCAGACACACACACAAACACACACACGUGUUUUUCUGUAAAAGUAUUUCUGAAAAGGGAAACAAAACAAAACAACAAAAAAAAAACAAUUCAAUAUUAAACUGAAAGAAUAAUUCAUACUUUUAGU